GGCCCAAACACCGAAGCUGGUGGUUUACUGCUUAUUUUGUAUGUAGCUACAUUUAAUGCUAAUCACAAGCCUAGCGCUGGAACACUAGUUAGCUUUUGUUUGCAGUGUGGCUAAGGUGCAACCCUCUGUGUUGUGUGGGGCGGUGUGAUUUGUUUUUGUUUUUUUACCGUUAGUCUGCUGGCCAACUUUAAGAUGCUAAACGCUAAACACAACGAGCUGUGUGAAUACGUGACUAUUUAGACCACAGUAACUAAGACGAAAGGCUCCAGUCGUGCUAUGUUCUUGACAAAUGCUAGCUAGAGUAGCUGAGCGGUUGCCAAUGGAGACAGGAGGCGCUUAUGUGUGUUCAUUUUAUGCUGCUCUUAAACCCAGAGCUGCUAACAGUGACGAUGAAAUGAUAAAUAAAUAAAAAAAAUGGCAGUAAAAAUGUAUUCUGCUCUGUUCUGCUGCACUGUUAGAUUGAUGGCUACUCUUACACUGUAAACCCACCAGCACAGAUUGAACAUGGCUACAAAGCCGAAGGGGAAAGCCUCGAAAAGUUCAUUCAGGGAUGAUUUGCUUGACAGCUUGCUUGAUGAUGACACCGGUAAGGACAAAAGCAUCACGCGAUGGACCUAUGUAUAGCAUGCUAGCACAGGAGAUAAAAAUGGAUGGUGCGGACACUGAGGACUCGGAUGUGUCAGCGGCUGAUCCCAGCGACAUACUCAAGAGCAUGAAGGACAUGGACGACAUGGACGCUGACCUCUUUGCAUCAAAGAAGAAGCCCAGUUCGGCUCCCGCGCAAACCAAGCCACUUGUUAGCGAAGGACCAAAGGAAGACUCUGCUGUGCUCGAGAGCAAUGCAGAGGGAGCAGAUGAACCCACCAAAGGGGGGAAGAAGCCGAACUCUGCACCUUUAUCCACAGCGCGGAGUUAUAAGAAGUUCACCUUCUCUGACAGUGGUGGUGAGGACGAAGGUGUUGCUCAGACUCCUUACGCUAAAGAUCUAGACGACCCCCUGGAUGAUUUGCUUCCAGGUGACUCAAAGCCUGACUUGAAAUCUAGCUUCUCCAAACCUGAAAAAUCCGUGCCAUCUCCAUCAGCAUCUCCCAUGCUAAAGAAUGAAACGACUAAGGCAACAAAGAAAGGCGAGCUCACGUUUGAGGAUGAUAAGGAUGGCCUAAUGGAUGCACUCGGAUUUGACAGUGAUAAAAACAAUCCCAAGAAAAAAGAGACACCGCUUUGGUCUCCCAAGGAAAGAGCCGACGCCCCUCAGAGACCUCGUACCAGAAUUGAUGAGAUUCUGGAGAGUUUCACGUCACCGCGUCUUCUGGAGCGACCACCAACGGGCGAGAGGAAGGACGAGCUUCAGUCUCAAGAGCAGCCGCAACAGGAGAAGACGUCUGCUGGGAAAGAGCCUCGUUUAGAUGAUGACCUCACAUUUGGAUCCUAUCAGCCCACACUGGGAUCCACUUCUGAAGGGCGUCAGUCUCGUAGACAGUCUGUCAGAUUUUCUACUGAGGACAUGAGUGUAUCUACGCCAGAAAAGAAGCCAAAGCCCACCACUCCCACAUCUUCUCGACAACGCAACUCAGCCGACUGGCUGGGCCUCAAGACAGAAGGUGAGCCCGUCUAUCUAGAGGAGGGCGUCGAAAAGACAAAGAAUCCAGCAGAGGCUUCAAAGAGCCCCUCGUCUCCUUUACUGGAGAGAAAGCCCUCAUUCACUGGUAGCCAUUCCACAUCUGUUGAAAAAGCACCAGAAGAGAGCUCAGCCCCAGCUGACAAAACCAUUAAACAGGCCAAGCCUGAGGUUUCUAAAACCCAGAGGAAAGAAGGGGAUGAUGAGGAUGACUGGUUAGCUGGGGCACUGAGCAGGAGGAAGGCUCUGUCCGCGUUAAACACAGAGGCAAAACCGUCCAAGCAGGAAGAGUCUUUCACUGACUUCAGUGUUAGUAAACAAGUAACGUCACAAACUCCCAAAAGCAGAGAAGACACGCUUCCUUCAAUCAAAGAAACGAGUGACACUUUUCCCGGACGCCUCAGUCCUGCUGCUCAUUCCACGCCUGUCAGAGAAGAAAGGCCUAAUCAUGUUAAAGAGUAUACACCCACAGGCGAGUGUUACCCCCCCUCCACCUUAGCAUCAUCCCCACCAAACCCACUCCAUCCAUCAACUCUUAGUUCGCCUUGUCCCUCAGUUUACUCUGCUAGUGAUACUGGUCCCUUGUUAGCCUCUGCUGUUAGCAUUAGCCAGCCUCAGCUUCAGUCCAAACCCCACCACUUUCCAUCCAGUACGGGAUCCAAGGUGCUAACAGAGCCCACUCAGGCUUCAUAUGAAACCUUGCAACAACUGCCUUUGCCCAGCCCCCUGUCUACUGCACUGCCCGGCACAAUGUGGUUUCCGCAGCAAAAUGCAAUGCUAAACACGUCACCUGCUUUCCCACAACAGGCAUCAUUUUCAGCCGACAGUCUGCAGCAGCUGCUCCUCCAAAACCAGCUGAUGCAGACUCAGUUGCUGGGCCUAGGCGGUGUGGUUGAUGCGGGACUCCUGCAGAGACUUAAAGAAAAAGAACAACCUGCAGACUAUCAAGCUUUACAGGCCCGCCUCAUCCAGUUGGAGGGACAGGUCAAGACUUUGCAGCUGGAGCGAGACCAAAGCCAAAUGAUGUUGGAGAGCAUGCAGCAGCGGCACAAACAGGAUAUGGAGCUCCUGGAGAAUGCACACAAAGCUCGUGUGAAACUGCUUGAGGAUUCGGUUGCCCAGCGGGAGACUCAAGCACGACAUGAGUGCGAAGACCUGAUGGAACGCCUGGCAACGGUAACGCGAGUGGCUGAGAAGGAACGCUCAGAGCUCCAGGCUCAGUACCAGCGGAAAAUGGCCCAGGCCCAGCAGGAAAGAGACUGUGAGGUGGAGAGACUCAAAGACCUUCAGAGAAAAUCUAUCUUGGAGAUGAAGAGAGACUAUGAGGAUCAGAUCCACAGGCUGAAGAGGCUAAAGGAAGAAGAGAUUGAUGCUGUUACAAGCGCAACAUCUCAGACCAGGUCCGUGGCAGGGGUGAUUGAAAAGAUGGAGCAGUUCUCCUCGCGGCUUGGAGAGCUUUCCUCUCGGGUGGAGAGCACACACGAACACACCGCUCAUGGCCUGGAGCAGGAGGCACGGCACAGAGACGAGCAGCUUCGAACAAUGCAGGGUCAUCUGGCCCAGCAGCAGAAAGCCAUGGCAGAGGAGAAAGCUUACCUGAAGGACAUUAUUUCCAGGAUGGACACUCAGCUUAAAGAGCAGCAGAGACAGCUUGAGAAGGAGCGCUGGAAGAUGACAGCAGAGCAGGCCAAAGCCGAGUCGACCCAAAGAAGCCUGGAGGAAGAGCGGCGUGUCCUCACCACGCAGAUCAGCGUGGAGCGAGAGGAGCUGGAGAGAGCCAAGAGCGCAUUACUGGAGGAGCAGAAGUCAGUGAUGCAGCACUGCGCUGAUGAGAGGAGGAAGCUGGCGGCCGAGUGGGCACUCUUCCACGCCCAGGAGAAGCAGAGGCAUGAGAGGGCUGAGCGUGAGGUCAGCAGUCUGUUGGAGAAGAGGGAGGGCUCCAUCAUAAGUCUGGCACAGGAGCAAGCUGACUUGAAGCUUCGCACGGCCGAGCUGAAACAGAAGGAACUGGCCGUGGCACGGGAGCGAGAAGCUCUGGAAGAACUUAGAGAAGAGCUGGACAGAGAGAAAGAAAGACUAAGCAGCACGGCCCUGAGACUCAAAACACGAGCCCAGGAGGUCGAGGCCUUCAGCAAGCUCGCGGCAGAGAAGUAUGAGGAGGGGGAACGAGCAUUGCAGGAGGCGAAACGAUUGGAGGCGGAGCACGAGGCGCGACUGAGAAAUAUUCACACCCAAACAGAGCACCUGAGGCAGCAGGAGCAACGGAUUUUAAAGGAGCAAAUACGAUUAAGUCACCUGCAUAAGGAUACAGAGAGGCUGAGGCAAAACCCUCCUCUUACACCUCUACCACAAAUUAUUGCCCCCGUUUUACCAGACUCAGUUUCAGAGCUGCCUGCAACCCUGAAUGUUCCUCCUCCAGUUUCAUUUACCGGCUCUCAGUCUAUGGCACUUCAGGCCAAUCUGGCUCUGUGGAGAUAUACUGCGGAAAAGGACCGUGAAUACCUACAAGAGGAGCAGUUCUUUCUAGAAAAUCUGAAAAAGAAAUCUUACAGGUCAUCUUUCAGCACAGAUUGACCAACACAUUUUGGGCCUUCCUCCCAG